UAGCAAGCGAAAGGUUGAUAUUACGACAGUUCUCUUUUAAGUUUAAAAAAUUCCAGCAACUACUUACAAACAAAUUAAUCAAUCUCAAAAUUCAACGCGUUAGAAAAUACAAUGGCCAAUGAAGUUUUAGGUGGUGAUGUUUAUGCCCAUUUACUUCGUCGUCUUCAGUACCAUUAUCCAAUUGAUGGAAGCCACAAGAAAUGGGUGAAGCCACAAAUAAUGAUCUUAUUUGCCAGCGGAGAUAUAAACAAGGCUCUGGAGAUCAUUAUCAAGGAUCUGAAGCAUCCAAUAGGAAGUGGUCAGGUGGUGUGUUUCCUGGUGGAAGAAUGCAUCCGAGAUGAAGUGAUCAAAAAGCUGCGAGAAGGCUUAGAACCCAUGGAUGAGCGCAUACAAAAACAUCCGAGUUAUCUAAGAUCAGUAAAGAUUAUCGAUCGCCUGAAAUGUCAAACUGUUCACAUGGAGGAAUUCGAUGAGGAAGAUACGAAAAAGCGAUGUGGUCGCAGGAUAAAAGGAUCACCAAUAGUUGUCUUGGACUUUCCCCAAUACUAUUUCGGAGAUACACCCACGGCUGUGAUCACAAUGAGUACCUUUCGAACCCUCAGCGAAGCAGUGGCACUUUAUAAACGAGAAAAGAUGGACUUUGAUGCUACCUCUGUGUGGUCAGGGAAGUUGGCCCAGUGCUUUGAUUUGGUUACCAGAAUUCCGGAAGCUGGAAACUGGACAUUCAACAGCAGUAGUCACAACAUUAGGAAACCCACGAAAACCAAUACUGUGGUUUUUGUUGAAAAAAACAUUCACUACGAGUUUCAUGAAAUUGGUGGCAAGAUGAAUACCAUUGCAUUUCCUGUUGUGCCUGUGCUGCAGGCCAUUGAUCCAUCGGAGGAUAUAUUUCAAUUUCAUUGAUCUGGCUAAUCUAUACAGAUGUAAUAUUAUCAAAUUUCUAAUGGAAAAUAGAUUUUUGGAUAAGCCACAUACAAAGAAUAAGUACAUAUAUAAAAUCUUUAAAAGUAA